AACACCACCACAACAACACCACAACCACCACCACCAACAAUGCCAAGACACACCCUGUCACCACCACCACCACCACCACCAGUAGCAGCAGUAGCAGUAGUAGUAGUAGCAGUGGUGGUGGCAGCGGUCCAGGGGUUCAACAUAGAAACUGAGCGGUUCGUGGUUCACCAAGGUUCACGGGACACCAAGUUUGGGUUCAGCGUGUCACAGCACCGGGACACCAGCGGGCCAUGGGUGUUGGUGGGCGCCCCCGAGGCACAGACGGAGCAGGAAGACGUGGUGCGCGGCGGGGCGGUGUUCAGGUGUCACCCAACACAUCCCAAUGACUGCACGCCCAUGUCCUUUGAUCAGACAGGCAACCACUGGGAAUCAGGCACGCAGAUGGACAACAAAAGCAUGCAGUGGUUUGGCGCCCAAGUCACCAGUAGAAGCGGAGUAGUAGUCGCCUGCGCUCCGAGGUAUGUGUUGAUGCGAACUCGGAGACACGAACCAGUGGGGAGGUGUUUCUACGGAGGGGGCGCCGGCAGCAGGGGGGCCUACACCUCCUUCAGCCCCUGCAUGGAAGAAGGUUCGAGAGCAGGGUACAACCAGCAGGGGUGGUGUCAGGCAGGGUACAGCUCGGCCAUAACGCAGAAAGGGAAUCGGCUUUACGUGGGCGCAGUGGGGAGCUUCUACUGGCAGGGGCAAAUUUUCUACCAAGAUCUAUUAAACACACGGAGGCAUUUGAACACCUCUGAGGCACCGAAGCAGUAUGACAUGAGCUACUUAGGGUUCUCUCUGACGUCUGGGGAGUUCACGGGAGAUGGGGAGGAGGACGUGGCAGUGGGUGUGCCCCGAGGGAACAAUCUCAAAGGACUUGUUGUUAUAUUUGAUCAUGAACUCAAUGUGUUCUAUAAUAUCACUGGAGAGCAGCUGGGUUCCUAUUUCGGCUACAGCGUUGCAAGCGAAGACGUGAACGGUGACGGGCUGGCUGACUUAUUGGUGGGCGCCCCUUGGUUCACGCCCAUAGACAGCGCCGCCUAUGAACUGGGAGCUGUGUCGAUCUUCACGCAAACCGCCCAGCACAACUUCCAGAUCUCCGGAACACUGGAAGGCAAAGAGUCAAGAGGUCAUUUCGGUCUGGCCCUGACUUCCUUGGGUGACCUUGACAGAGAUGGUUUUGGUGAUUUUGCUGUGGGGUCUCCUAACGCUGGCGAGGCGGGGGCUGGGGUCGUCUAUGUGUACCGGGGGGCGCCGAGUGGUCCUAGUGGUACACCCUCGCAGAUCCUCUCCUCCCAGACACUGACUCAGGGCCUCGUUAGAACCUUCGGGUGGUCCCUCUCUGGCGGACACGACCUCGACGGGAACGACUAUCCUGACCUGGUCGUCGGCGCCCACACCUCAGACGCAGCGGUGGUGUUCCUCACGCGCCCUGUGGUGGUGAUCAACAGCACUUUAAGGUUCAGCUCAGCCCGCGGGAUUAUAGACCUUGAUGUGAAGGGCUGUUCCUUACAAGACGGGACUAAGGUACCGUGUGUGACCCUUCUGUAUUGUCUUAGCUACGUGGGUCAUCGCGUUCCUAACCGGCUGAGUCUUGCAGUGAGUUUGAAGGUAGACACACUGAAGGCCGUGUCUCCGCGCAUGGCCUUCCUGCGGCGGGAGGGACGCAGCGAAUACAGUGUUGCCAUGGAGCUUAGGAAGAAUGUGGAGAACUGUACCACUAUCUAUACUUAUGUCCAGCCCGAAGUUCGAGAUAAACUGACCCCCUUGGUGGCAGAACUACGGGCGGCGCUUUCUGAGGGCGUGGCAGGGGGGCGGGUUGGUGGAGGGGCGUAUACCGGGGCGCUGAGACCUGUCCUAGCCCCUUCCUCCUCCUCCACCUCCUCCUCCUCCUCCUCUUCCUUCUCCUCUCCUCCAGAGCAACGAUUUACAUUAAGAACAACUGUGGGAAGGACAACGUGUGUGUGCCAGACCUCGCUGUCUCUACCGCUGUGUAAGUUUGCAGACACCCCAGAAUAUGUUAUAGGAUCCCACCAACACCUCUCCAUCAAGACACACAUAGAGAACACAGGAGAGGAUGCCUUUCAAGCUGUCCUGCGCUCCUCCGUGCCUCCAGGGGUGUCCUACGCCUCCUUCGAAGUCCUACACAGCCACCCUCCUGAUGUGACGCCUAUCUGCUCGCUGCGUGACCAAGAGGUCGUGUGUGAGGUGGGCAACCCAUUACCUUCAGGCGCGGAGGUCACCCUGAACUUGAUAUUCCAACCUCAGGAGAUGCAGAAUGUGUCCAGCCUUCACUUUGCUCUGAACGCUUCCUCUGCCAGUGUGGAGGAGGAUGGAGGCGAUAAUGGAGGGGAGGUGGCGCUGGCUGUGGUGAUGCGGAGUAAUGUGAGGUCAAUGGGUAACAUAUCACUCCCAGACGGACCCUUUACCUACAACGCUACAAGAUACGGCUACAUUGCGGGAGAGGACAGAGAAAUAAUGGAGGAGAGGGAUAUAGGACCCCAGGUGGAACAUAUUUAUGAUGUCAGUAAUGGUGGGCCUUCUCCCCUCCCACCCUCCACCCUCUACCUCCUCUGGCCCACGAGAACGCUAGGAAAUGAACCGCUACUGUACCUUGUGGAGGCGCCUGUUGUCUCCCCAGCGCAGUGUGAAGUCAUUGGAGAUGUGAAUUAUUUGGGCUUAAAGGUGGACAGAACACUGCAGACAUCCCAAGGCUACACUGAAAGAGCACUAAAGGAAGAAGAAGAAGAGGAAGAGGAAGAAGAAGAAGAGGAAGAAGAAGAGGAGGAAGAACAACACAACAAGAGGAAAAUAACCAGAAAAAAGACAAAGAAACUAAAAACACAACACAAACAAUCGCAAAUGACACACAUACAGACAGACACAGGCUUCAAACACCACCACCACCACCACCGCCACGAAGACUCAGAGAGGAGGAAGAAGAGGAGGAGGAGGAGGAAGAGGAAGAGGAGGAACAUACAGGAAACACUGCAGAGAGAGUUGCAAUGUGGCCCAACCAACUGUACAAGAGUGGUCUGCCAAAUACCUUCACUGGGACCCAAGAAACAUGUCUUAGUACACGUCAGAUCGAGGUUGUGGAUUGACACCAUUGAAAAAGUAAGAUGUGGGGUUAUUUGCGGGUGUUUGGGGGUGUUUGGGGGUGUUGGAAUGGUGUGUAGUAGGGUGUGCUGGAAGUUAUGGGUGUUUUUCAAGGGUUUAGUGGAAGUUAUUGGUGUUUUCAAGGGUGUAGUGUCUUUCCAGAUGGGUUUCUUUAAGAGGAAGAGACCACAGGAAGGAGCAGAAAGUGAACCCCUUAGUACUAAUGGUUACUACAACACCACCAAGACCUAGAGAGAGAGAGAGAGAGAGAGAGAGAGAGAGAGAGAGAGAGAGAGAGUGGUAAGAUGACAGUGUAUAUAUAAAUUUCUUUUUCUUGUA